CUUUCAGAUGCGGACUUUAGGACACUCAUGCGCCAAAUAACUCCUGGAAAAGGUAACGCAAUUCACGACGAAUUCAUAGCAGUUCUCCAAAACGCAACUCAGAGAAAGGGUGGUGAUGAAAAAUUGAUCAAGGACUUUCGAAAGCUUACAAACGACUUCGAUCGGGUGUGUUUUCUCCUGAAGAUCAUAGAAAACCCUAGCAAAGGGAGGGGCGCAAAAUGUUUGGGCUUACCUGGAAGAGGCGAGAUAGAUACCCUGGUUAUUCCGAAAUCUGAUGUAAUAACGUUGAGAUGUCUCCAAUGGUGCUCUACGAAAAUCGAUAAGAAGGAGUAUAAAAAAGCACUUAGUGCAGUCAAUCGAGCCUACUUUUGCGCCGAUUCUAAAAAUGCCAAGUUUAAAGUCUUGCAAACACGAUGCCAGCUAUUCCUUGAAAUGGAGUACUACAGAGAAUGUCUGCGAGAUGCCAUUUCCGCUCUUAAGAAUGAUAUAGCGAAAUUAAAGAAUGAGCUUAACGAUCUAUCCAAUUACAAAGAAAAAGACAUUUGCCAUCACCCCGAACCCGCUGAAAGUUUAAUUGAAAACUCUGGUAAAAUCAAUAAAAUGGAAAAAUUGGAACAAAGAAAUGAUUCUUUUGAAAGUCCAUUCCAGUUAGUAUCAGCUAAAGAAGGCGUUCUCCGACCAAAAAAUACAAACUCCAAUCGAGGAUGGUCAUUAGAGGCAACACGAAAUGUGUCAAUUGGAGAGGUCCUCUUGACGGAAAAGCCCUAUGCAUCUAUUUUGGGUCGUGCCUAUACCAAAUACUGUUACUGCUGCUACAAACGGUGCUUGAAUAUUCGUCCAUGUGAAGGAUGCACCAUUGUGGGAUUUUGUAGUAAGAAGUGUGCUGACCAAGCCAUGAAUCCCAAUCGUUCGUUGUCCGACGGGGGAUCGGGUAGACACAUAUAUGACUGCAGAGGAAUACUGCCUUGUCUAACCGUGUGUCACAAUACUGAUAUCCCAAGACCUGGACAAAACUUUUCACACUUAGCAUACACUUGUGCUGCAAACACACCGCCUGACGUGCUCCUGAAUUACCUUUACUCCAUUGAUCCGGUGAAGAGAGGUCGGAGACAUCAAUGUUUUACGAAUGAUUUCGAUGCUCGUGGUGACCCACCCGCAGUAUUUGACCCUUUCGACUACUCCUCACUCGAGUGGCUAGAUGCUAGGCACAACAAUGAAUUGUUUUGGAACUUUGCAAUUAAUGCCAUUUUUUUAACCUACUGUCUCUGGCUGUCUGGUUAUCCAAUGAAGUGGUUUGAUGAAGCAAAAAGGGAGUUCUAUAAAAAACCCUCUCAAGUCGACCGCCCAGAUUACCUACCGGCUAGUUGGAUUGUGGCUAGUAUGAUGUAUUACCUUAAAGUUGCUUAUCUGAAUGCAUUGGAUUACACUGAAUACCUCGAAUCCCCAAGCGCAGAGUUGAAUUCAAAUAGAAAUUGGUUGGGACUUUGCAUUUAUCCAACAAUCUCUCUAAUCAAUCACUCCUGCAAUCCCAAUGCUUGUCUGGUGUCUACUGCCAACGGUGGCGCAUUCCUCUACGCAUUGCGCCCUAUGGAAAAGAAUGAGGAGGUUACCAUAUGUUACCAAUAUUAUUAUUUCUCCAGAUCAAGCUCACUUCGAAUAGGUACUAUUUUUACGCGUUACUUAUUCGACUGCAAUUGUGAAGCAUGUAGUGAUCCUUGGGACACAGGCCAUGAGACAGAAAUUCUAAAAUGUCCAUCCUGUGGUGGCGAAUUUCUGAUUUUGGAGGAUAAAUGUAGCCAUUGCAAUGAUGAAAGCGGAUAUGUUCUAUUUCAACGUAUAAUACACGAGAAGAUACCUUUUAUUUGGAAUUGUCUGGCACUAGAAUCUUGUGGCAUGGAGAGUGUAGUUGAGGCUCUCUCUCUAUUGAAGGAAGUUCAGGAUUUGAUCCUUUCCCCAAGCCCGACUGUUUCUUGUGCUACUAGUCUUUGUAUGCAAGUAAUUGAUCGAGCAAUGGGAAUAAGAACCGUUGAUAAUACGAUAACGGAUCAACUGACCUAUUCUACAGAAUUUGGGAUUGCUUGUGACAGCGAUGACCCUGAGUCAGACACCCACAGCCCAAAUAAUUGUGAGGUAUUCCGCUUGUCUUUUUUGAAUAUGUUGUUGAGAGCAACUUUCCAAACAAAUGCGAUAUAA